UCUCUCUCUCUCUCUCUCUCUCGCGGGGGUCAGGCGCGGGGUACGAUGGCGGCGGGGCGCUGGGACGGGCUGCGCAGCCGGGAUGUGGCCGCCCGGGCGCUCGCGCUGGAGAGCCUGGGGCAGAGCGUGUUGCGCGAGGCGGCGGCCGCCCGCGCUCCGGCGGAGGAGCCCGCGGCGGCAGCGGCGCCUGAGGGACACGGGCACGGGCUGGCACAGGAGCUGGCGCGGCUGCUGAUGCUGUCCCGGCGCUGCCCCUUCCCCGACGUGCGCCAGCGCUGCGAGGCCAUCCUGGGCGGCGUGCAGGAACUUGGAAUUAGAAUUCCUAGACCAGUGGGACAUGGACCAAGCAGAUUCAUCCCAGAGAAGGAGAUUCUUCAAGUGGGAAAUGAAGACGCCCAGAUGCACACUUUGUUUGCUGAUUCCUUUGCUGCUUUGGGCCGUUUGGACAAUGUUACCUUGGUGAUGGUUUUCCACCCACAGUAUCUAGAAAGUUUUCUAAAAACUCAGCACUAUCUAUUGCAGAUGGAUGGUCCGUUGCCUCUUCAUUACCGACACUACAUUGGAAUAAUGGCUGCAGCAAGGCAUCAGUGCUCUUAUCUUGUUAACCUCCAUGUUAAUGAUUUCCUUCAUGUUGGAGGAGAUCCCAAAUGGCUGAAUGGCCUAGAAAAUGCACCUCAAAAACUGCGGAAUUUAGGAGAAUUGAACAAAAUACUGGCUCAUCGGCCCUGGCUUCUCACCAAAGAACAUAUUGAGCAACUUUUGAAGACGGAAGAGCAUAGCUGGUCCCUGGCAGAGCUCAUCCACGCUGUAGUUCUCCUCACACACUACCAUUCACUUGCUUCUUUCACAUUUGGCUGUGGAAUCAGUCCGGAAAUUCAUUGCGAUGGGGGCCACACCUUCCGGCCCCCUUCAGUCAGUAACUAUUGUAUCUGUGAUAUUGCAAAUGGUAACCAUGGGGCUGAUGAGAUGCAAAUUAGCCCCACUGGAAGCAUCUCAACUGCAGAGUCUCUGUGUGAAGUUGAAGUGCUCAUGGAGAAAAUGAAGCAGUUACAGGAGUGCAGGGAUGAAGAGGAAGCCAGCCAAGAAGAGAUGGCCACACGUUUUGAGAAAGAGAAGAGGGAGAGUAUGUUUGUGUAUUUUUCAGAGGAGGAAGAAUUGGCACCAACUAGAGAUGUCUCUCGCCACUUUGAAGAUACAAGCUAUGGUUAUAAAGACUUCUCCAGACAUGGAAUGCACGUGCCUACCUUCCGUGUUCAGGAUUAUUCCUGGGAGGACCAUGGCUAUUCCUUGGUUAAUCGUCUUUAUCCAGAUGUGGGGCAGCUACUUGACGAGAAGUUUCAUAUUGCAUACAACCUGACUUACCACACAAUGGCUAUGCACAAAGAUGUGGAUACUUCCAUGCUUAGACGUGCAAUCUGGAACUAUAUCCACUGUAUGUUUGGAAUAAGAUAUGAUGAUUAUGACUAUGGUGAGAUUAAUCAGUUGUUGGACCGCAGCUUUAAAGUUUAUAUCAAAACUGUGGUUUGCACUCCUGAAAAGACCACAAAAAGAAUGUAUGAUAGCUUCUGGAGGCAGUUCAAGCAGUCUGAGAAGAUAAACAUGAAGAUAAAUCUCUGCUGACGGAUCUACAAACAAAAUGGAACACGUAAAUGUAGGAUGGGACACAAAAAAAAUGAAGUGGCAAGCAUGAGCAUAUGUACAGGUUAUUCCAUUGUUUGAAUAUCUGCUUAGUCAAUAUUUGCUGGAAUGCCUUUUGUUCAAUGGGUAGAGAAAUAUGGUACACUGGCUCACUGUAGACCUGGGAGUGACCUAGAGAAGGAUUGGUUAGGAAUGGAUUUAGAACAUAAAAGGAACUGUUAAAUCAGAUUGCUAUCCCCAGUUCUGCCAGAGAUUGGAAGACUGGCAUGGCUAAAGAGAUAGAAAAGGCACAGGUAGAGGGCAGAGAAGAGGUGAUUGCCACAAAAUGAGAAAUGGCUGGGUUCAGACAGAGGUUUCUGCAGAAGGAACCAAGAGGAGUGGAUGGAUUUUGGACAUACUCCAUACAGAAAACAGCAGGAUUUAGGGAUAACAUCAGUGUGUGGAGGGGAACCAGAAGGGAGUCAAAGAUAGCAAGCAAAUUGGGCAGAAAUGAUGGUGGCUUUGUUGACAGAAAUGGAGGAUGAUGUUAAAUGAAUCCCUUACUUGAACCAUAUUCCUACUGAUGGCAAUGGAAGUUUAUUAAGAAUAACAGAACUCUGUCUUAUUGGACCAUGAUCUAUUACAAUAUAAUUAUAUUUACAAAUACAAAGCCUUAACUCAAAUACAGCCUGCACAAUUUAUUGACACUGCAGUUUAUCUGAAGGCUUUUCCUGCUGGCCACCUCCCUGCCCUGUUAACUUCAUAUUGAGUAGGUUGCAUGACUUUUUUAGAAGAAACAGCUGGGUCUCCACCAUUGCCUGGAAGGGGCAAUUUGCCCUGGAAGAUUUCAUUGCACAGUAAUGGAGCACUGCAGGAUCCAUCAUUCAUCAACCUUCACAGAAAGCCUCCAUGAUGAAAGAUAGAACCACUAAGACUGUCACUCAAUACAGAAGGGAUUACAUGACAGACAAUGUCUAUACUUUUGCCAUAGAGGAAAGAGAAGAAGUUGGCUUCCCUCUCAUUCCUUUGGCUGUUGCCAGAGUUGAGUUAAAUUUGAUUCAGAAAUUUCUGAAGUGAUAAUCUUUUUUCUCCAAAAUCUAGCCAAGCUACAUCAAACAGCAGCAUUUCUUAAAAUGUUUCCUAGGAGAAGCAACUUGUUGACCAUCUGGCUAAAAGGGCUUUAACUCUCCUACAAACUGCUCAAUUCAACCAGGGAGAUGGCAGUAGGUAAAAAUGGUUGGUUCCUCUAGUAUGGAAAAGAGGUGGAAUUAGCUUCUGAUCAAUAGCUUUUGGGCAUCGUUGGCUCUAGGAUAUUUUCAAUCUGUAUUUCCACCACUCUAUUGUGUUCUAUGGUUCUGCAAAGCCAUCUGCUCAGCAAAUAGACUUGCAGAAUUGAAUUCAUCAUGAAAUCUAAAAUACUGUUACAAACAUGGGAACAAAAGGAUUUUUAAAAGAGUCCUAUCUUAAGAGAUGAAAAUCUGAGGUAGCAUUAUCCUGGCUAGGGACAGACAUUCAAAAAGUCUGAGCCUGAAUUGAUUCAAUAUUUGCAGGUUAGUCUAACCUGCAGAGACUGAACUGAUUUGCAAGUGGAUAGACAUUCACUUUUGAAUCGGGCAAUGCAGGCACAUGUCUGCAGUGGCUCAGGCUAGAAGUUGGGGGGCACCAGAGUGAGCCCUGCCUUCCCUUCCACAGUGCUGAGCUGAGAGGGGAUGUGCCCAGGCCCUGGCAGGAUGCUAUAAUUAGAGAAGGGUUUAGACUCCCACCCAGGGCAGCACAGUCCCCAGCCAGAGAGUGCCUGGAGGGGAAGGCAGCCCUUGCCAGGCUUCCCCCUCCCCAUCUCGCUACUCAAGCCCUACAAAAGAAAAUACGCAUCUCUCUCAUUGGUUUCAAGAUCUUCUUAUCUGCAGGGUUUAUUUACAUUUGCAAGCCACUGACUUCUAGCUCUAAGCAUACACUGUUCUGUCUGCCUUUGUUCCAGUAAAAUCAGAGAGACACACAAAGACAGCUCUCAGCAUUAGCUAGAAUGGGAGGGGGGGCAUGGCCAGAUGCCAGCUUGGGUCCAUUCCGCUGGGGUCCCUGCCAUUGGAGUGUGGCGGGAGGGGGAGAUCCCUGCGUGAGCAGCGAGGGGGGCGGGGCAGAGGAAAGCCAGGCAGAUGUUGCUGUCUCCUGGCUGCAGUCUCCACCUCCUUCUCAGCCAGCUGGAGCUCCAGCUAGGGAGGAGAGGGCCAGGGCCAGCCCUGCUCUCUGGAGCAGACAGCCCAGCCCAGGGCUGGAAAGCAUGCUGCGAUGCUGGGGGACUCUGAUUUCGCUUAAACCAGGAAGGGGUCUGGGACAGAAGUUGCAUAAACCGGUUUGACUCAAAUCAGUUAAGUCUGAUUCAGCCAGGUUUAUCUUAAACCAGUUUUGGCCAUUUUGAAGCUAUUUUAUAUGCACUGAACUUAUGUUCUGUUACUGGUUAAAACCAGUUUCUAAUCACUUAAACCGGUUCAAGUGUAACUUCUGUCCCUAGCUCUAGUGUUAAAGAACUGGCCUUGGUGUCAAAAAUGUUUUGUGCUAUUCUUCUGUCUACCAUUGACUCAGUCUAACCUUCAGCAAAUCACUUUAACUGUUUCAUCUUCCUCAUCUGUAAACAGAAUAAAUACUUCCUUCCCUCAAAA